AAUCAAUCUCGCAUCAUGGGUGAUCCAGCUGGAAGACACUUGAAUCUGUAUAUGUUUGUGAUACACACUGGCCUGCUGCUGUCAUACUUUAUCCUGUGCAGCAUCCUGCAAUGGAUGCUCCUCUGCAUCUACAUGAAGCACUCCCAUAUUGUGUACACGAUGGUCUGCUUCUUUGCCGCGCUGGUGCUGCUCACCUGCAUACACUUCAGUCAGUUCCUGAAAUACGGCAAGCCAUGGAACUAUGUGGCCAUCCUCUUUUGCUACGAACUCUUGACCCUGGGCGUCACCAGCUUCAUUGUGGACAGCAGCGUUGGCGCCGCAAUUGGCAUCGUUAUGGGUGCAAUUUGUCUAUGGGCCGGCGUACUGGCGGCUUGCUAUGCCCUCAUUCGAUUUGUAGGCUAUCCCAAUCCCUACACAUUGUCCGGCAUUGGCGUUGUGGGUCUGAUGAUUUCCAUGGUCAUGGUGGCUGUCGAUCAAGUACUAGACAGCCGCAUCUGCGGGGAAAUUGCUUUGGUCAUUGUAAUGAUUAGCGUCAUAAUUAUGAUGAUCUGCCAUGUGCUGUUGACCAACGACAGCAGCGAUCUGCUCAAGAAGGAGGACACCCUGCUGGUGGCCUUUGUGCUCUACAUUCAUUUUGUCAUCUUAAUGGUGACCAUCUUCAUUUUUGUCAUACGCGACAGGCGCUACAGCAAGCCAGCUGAAUCUCAAACGACUGUCAGCUCAGACACUUUCAGACGCGCAACAGAGGCCACACUGGAUCCAACUGAGAGUUUCAAAUAUUUAUGGCUAAAUGAUUGACGUGCUGGAAUGCCACUCGCCGCCCCCAGAUCAUCAUCGUUGAUGCCUUGGAGAUGCGCUCUAUAUGGUGCAGCGCACAUGAAUCAUCCGUCUAGCCUCAAUCACGUCCCUGACUCAUAAUGUCUACGUGACUUUUGGUGUCGAUCUGUAGCCGAUUUCCUCAUCUUUUUAACUGAUAAUAUUCGUACUUGGCUCAGA